AUGUCCGUACCACUCGGCAUGAUCAGCGCAGAAGGCGACCCUCGUUUAUCGCUCUCUGAGAAGCCAGCCCACGAUGUCUACCAACCUACAUGCGGAAACGACUCAUCCAUCACCUUUGAAGAAUUCAUCUACUGGGCUGAGCGAACUCGUGCCGAUGAAGCCCUAGCAAACAAGGCCAUGCUUGACAAGCGCGGCCCACGAACUGUCAAGAAUACUCUAAAGAGCCGCUUCUCAAAGGGCCACCACACCGAUCCGGCAACCUCUGUGGCAGACGUAUAUUCUAGCGACGAAGAGAUUAUCACGGGCGUCUCGGAAAAGGAGUGGAAGCAAGCUAGUCGGGCUAUCCGUACAGCGUCCUGGGGAUCCAUUUUCUACCUCAUCACAACGGAUGUGUUGGGACCGUUUUCAACGCCCUGGGCUUUUGCGCAGAUGGGCUAUGGACCUGGUGUGGCUCUGUACACUGUGUUUGGCGCAAUGGCAGGAUAUUCCGGGUGGAUUAUUUGGAAGGCUUUCCUUGGUCUCGAUUCCGACAGAUAUCCUAUGCACACGUAUGGCGAUAUUUACUUUCGCAUAUUUGGCCGCAUUCCGCAGAUAUUGCUCAAUGUCAUGCUUGGUCUGCAGCUGCUGCUGUCGGUGUGCAGUCUGAUUUUGAGUAAUGGGCAGUCUAUUUCGCAGAUUUCUCAGGGAAACAAUGGAUCGAACGGCAAUGGGAUCUGCUUCGUGGCUUGUCUGAUUAUCUUCAUGGCUGCUGGUUUUAUUCUCGGCCAGGUCAGGACCCUACAGCGAUUCGGAUGGAUUGCCAACUUUGCAGUCUGGAUUAACGUUGCCAUCAUCUUCAUUUGCGUCGGAGUAGUUGUCCACUAUCCCCCCAACUUCAAAGCAACACAAGCUUCAUUCGGCGACAACUUUGCACCCGGUCCCAUUCGCACAUUUGCAGGAACUCCCCCCGAUGGCUUCGCAAGCGGCGGCACCGGCUUCGUCGCCUCCCUCAACGGCCUCAACCAAGCUGUCUAUUCCUACGGCGGGUGCAUGACAUUCACGGCCUUCCUCGCUGAAAUGCGUCACCCCAUGGACUUUUGGAAAGGUCUUCUAUGCGGCCAAGUCUUCAUCUAUAGCAUGUACAUGUUCUUCGGCAUCUUUGUGUAUUCGUACCAAGGCCAAUUCGCAUUCAACCCCGUCAUGCAAGGCCUCUCGUCGUACGUCUUCCAAACAAUCACCAACGUCAUGAACAUUGUCACUGGCCUCAUCGCCGCGGGAUUAUACGGCAACAUCGGCCUCAAAGUCAUCUACAUCGAAGUCUUUGAGCGGCUGUUCAAUUUCCCCCCGCUGACCGUCCGCAAGGGCAAGCUCAUGUGGGCGGUCAUCAUCCCCGUAUACUGGUCCAUUGCGUUUAUUGUCGCCGCUGCUAUUCCGCAGUUUUCGUAUAUUUCCGGCCUUAUCGGUGCGUUCUUCGUUCUCAGCUUCAGUUAUACAUUCCCUGCGUUGAUGGCGCUGGGCUUCUGGAUCCAUAAGGAUGCCAUGGUUCCUGAGCAGGAAAAGUUUGAUCCGCAGACGAGGACGUAUAAUUACGUGGAUACGGGGCUUGCGAGGUGGAGGAGGGGGUUUAUGAAGCGGCCGUUUUUUAAUCUGUUCAAUUUGUUGUACAUGCUGGGUGGGUUGACGACGACGGGGCUGGGAGUAUAUUCUAGUAUUGAGGGGUUGAUUUCUGCGUUUUCCGGGAAUAGUGUUGCCUCGAGCUUUGGGUGUACGAGUCCGGUGUAA